UCUUUUUUCGGACGCGGGAACGGUGAGGCUCAGGCCGGGAUCGAGAGAGCCGAGGUCGAAGGGGCGGACAAGCUUCGUGAAGACCGGUAUUAUAAGAGGCAGAUUUGUAUUCGGGAAACUGAAACUAAACAGUUUGUUGUAACCUGAAAAUCGUCAGAUUUGGAAAUGGAAGGAAAAAUUACCCUUCACAGUGGAGAGAAAUCUUACACGUGUUCUGUGUGUGGACGAGGCUUUAACCAGUCAUCUGGCCUGUCAGGACAUAAAUGGAGUCACCGUGGGGAGAAACCAUGGAAGUGUGCGGACUGUGGGAAGGGAUUCAUUUCCCCAUCGAGGCUGGAAGCUCAUCGACGCAUCCACACCGGGGAGAGACCAUUCACUUGUACUGAGUGUGGGAAGGGAUUCACUCAGUUGUCCCACCUGCUGUCACACCAGCGAAUUCACACUGGGGAGAGGCCAUUCAGCUGCUCCAAGUGUGGGAAGGGAUUCACUCAGUCAACCCACCUGCUGACACACCAGCGAGUCCACACCGGGGAGAGGCUGUUCACCUGCUCCAAGUGUGGGAAGGGGUUCACAGCCUCGUCUAUCCUGCUGAGACACCAGCGGGUUCACUCUGACGAGCGACCUUAUAAGUGUCCAGACUGCGGGAAGUGCUACAAAAGCUCUGAGGAAUUGAUGUCCCAUCAACGUGUUCACACUGAUGAGAGACCGUUCAGAUGCUCUCACUGCGGGACAGGAUUCAGGUUAUCAUCACAUCUCACUGUCCAUCAGCGAGUUCACACUGGGGAGAGGCUGUUCACCUGCUCUGAGUGUGGAAGGGGAUUCAGUGAAUCAUCUACCCUUCUGAGACACCAGCUUGUUCACACCGACGAGAGAUUGUUUAAAUGCCCAGACUGCGGCAAGUGCUACAAAAGCUCUGGAGACCUGAUGUCCCAUCAACGCAUUCACACUGACGAGAGGCCGUUCAGAUGCUCUCACUGUGGAACUGGGUUCAAGCACUCAUCUCACCUCACUGUCCACCAGCGAAUUCACAGCGGGGAGAGACCAUUCACUUGUUCACAGUGUGGGAAGGGAUUCACUCAGUCAGCUCAUCUGUUAAGACACCAGCAAGUUCACAAGCAAUUACAGUGAUUGGAUUUGGUUUUUAAUUCCGACACUAGAAGCAUUGAUAACUGAUAAAGAGAGAGUAUUGGAUAGUCUGUCUGUCCUUAAAGUUAGCAAGCCACUGGCUUAUUAUGAUGGAACCAAAGAUACUGAAGGAAGUGAGAGUGGUGUCAGUGAAUUCCAGACGCCAUGUCCUUAUUUAAACAGAUGGUGUAAAAAGAAGCCCACCAACUGCAGGUCAGUUGGCGAAACUUCAGUGGUUCGGAAAUUGCAAGGAACAAUUCAGGUCAAAAUUAACAGUCAUGUGGACAAUCACGGAGGGGAGUUACCAUAGCUCUUAUAAGGGAAAGCCCCAUUUUAACAAACAUAUUGGAGUCCUUUCACAGAAGUUAUGGAGAAAGCUGAUCACAGCAAUGCAACUAAUGCAUGUGGACUUCCAGAAGGCAUAUGAGACAGGGAAAUACACCAGAGCAAAGUUGGAGCUAAUGGCAUAAAAGGGAUAGUAGCAACAUAGAUACAGGAAACUCAGAGUUGUAGGUAGCGCCUUUUUUCUGGAAUAUGGACAGGUUUGUAGUGGAGGUCCCACACAUUUAGAUUAUUUACUUUUCCUAAC